AUGGCGAGCCUCUCUACGGACACCUGUCCGGCAACGGUCGAACCUACUUGUAUUUUAUCCAGGCUCUCAUUCACCCAGGGCUUGAUUCUCGGCCAGCUAUCUGUGGUCUUGGUUCUUGCCGCUUUCAUCAAAUUCUUCAUCUUCGGUGACCCCCCCUCGCCCGAAGUGACGGCCUCGCUAAGAGCGACGGAACGUCGGUCAAGGACGCUCGCCCAUAAGCGCUCACUUUUGAGCCUCCGGACAGCCAACGCCCGGCAAGGCCAGCAGACACUAAAUCGCAAAAAGUCCAGCGUUCUCCGCAAUCCUCCUAACCUGACCAUCGGUUCCAUUUUGAGCAAAACCUACUACAACGUAGAUAGCCAUCAGCCAGAGAGCUUGGAUUGGUUCAACGUGCUGGUGGCACAAACUAUUGCUCAGCUCCGCAGCGAUGCUCAGCAUGAUGAUGCAAUUCUCAGUUCACUCACCAAGGCUCUCAACGGAACCUCCCGGCCUGAUUUUGUGGACGAAAUCCGCGUCACAGAGCUAAGUUUAGGAGAGGACUUCCCCAUAUUCAGCAACUGUCGCAUUAUUCCGGUUGACGAGGAUGGAUUAAGCCUAGGAAAUGGCAAAACACUGAAUGCCAGCGCCGCUACUAGGGAAGGGGCGAAGCUGCAAGCCAGAAUGGAUGUCGACCUCAGCGACAUGCUAACACUCGCAAUAGAGACGAAGCUCCUCCUAAACUACCCCAAGAAGCUCAGUGCGAUACUACCGGUUGCGCUCUCUGUCUCAGUGGUCAGGUUCAGCGGUACUCUAUCUAUUUCCUUUAUUCCGAGCAAUCCAUCACAGUCAACUCCUACUUUGAUGACAUUUAACUUUUUGGAUGACUACCGUCUUGACCUCUCCAUCCGAAGUCUUCUAGGCAGUCGAUCCAGACUUCAAGAUGUACCCAAAAUUGCCCAGCUAAUCGAGGCCCGCCUGCAUCGUUGGUUCGAUGAGCGGUGCGUGGAACCUCGGUUCCAGGAAAUCGCUUUGCCAAGUUUCUGGCCACGGAAAAAGAAUACCAGAGGACCAGAGGACGGACUGGCGGAGAACAAUGCUUCAGUGGGAAGGGCGAAGGGCAAGGAAAUUGACCAAGGUUUGCGGGCAGAAGCCCGGAGGGAGGUUGAGGCCGAAGGAGGGACUCGGACAGGGAGAGAGCAGGAUUCGCUGCGCCGCCGCAGACUACGGAGCGAAGAAGACUUUGCGAUGCCCGGCUCUCUGCCUGGAUUAGACGUGGGCAUGAAAACAUAA